AUGAAGACAUUAUCUCUUGCCGCCUUGGCAGCCCUCUGGGCUCAGAAGGCUGCCGCCCAUGCUAUGUUCCAACAACUAUGGGUUGACGGCGUUGACUACGGCACACAAUGUGCUCGUGUGCCAGGCUCGAACUCGCCCGUUACCAACGUAAACUCUCCCGAGAUCCGCUGCAAUGCUUACCCUUCACCAGCAAAGGGCAAGUGCCCUGUCAAGGCGGGCUCAAUUGUCACGAUCGAGAUGCAUGCGCAACCCGGCGACCGCGACUGCAGCAAAGAAGCCAUGGGCGGCGCGCACCACGGCCCCGUGCUCGUCUACAUGACCAAGGUCAGCGACGCCGCCACCGCCGACGGCUCCACAGGCUGGUUCAAGAUCUUCGAGGACGGCUGGGCCAAGAACCCCUCCGGCAAAGUCGGCGACGACGACUUCUGGGGCACCAAGGACCUCAACACCUGCUGCGGCAAGAUGGACGUCAAGAUCCCAGAAGACAUCCCCUCUGGCGACUACCUCCUUCGCGCCGAGGCUAUCGCCCUGCACGUCGGCGGCCAGCCUGGCGGUGCGCAGCUGUAUAUGACGUGUUAUCAGCUUACUGUUGAGGGAGGGGGCAAUGCCAAUCCGGCGACUGUUAAGUUCCCUGGCGCGUACUCGGCUACGGAUCCGGGUAUCUUGGUUAACAUCCACUCGGCGAUGAACAACUAUGUUGUGCCUGGCCCGCCGGUGUAUUCGGGUGGGACGACGAAGCGUGCGGGGAGUGGGUGCACCGGUUGUGAGCAGACUUGCAAGGUUGGGUCAAGUCCCUCCGGGACGGUGUCGGCUAUUCCUGUUGGGACGGGGGCUCCCAAUGGUGGUGGCGGUUGCUAUGCCCAGAAGUAUCAGCAAUGCGGCGGGCAAGGGUAUACUGGUUGCACACAGUGCGUGCCGGGCUCGACUUGCCAGGCGAUCUCACCUCCUUAUUACUCGCAGUGCGUCUAA